GACUGGCUCACAACGAUGCACAUUUAAGACUAGGAGGCAUGAAAAUGUGAUUUUGAAAGAGAAAAAGAAAACCACUUUUUCUUGUUUUUACCUCAUUUAUAUUUUAUCAACUGGAUCGUUCUCCCAUUUUCUAAUCCCGGCCCCCCUUUUUUUUUUUUACUCUCUCUGUGGUUUAUCAAGGAGGUCACUGCGGAUACAACAAGGAGCAACACAGCCUGAACUGCACUCUAAAAGUGUUACCUUUAUGUCAAUGGACGUUCAAGCAUGUUUCUAAGGAUGAAGCCAGUCUCAUGGGAUAGCCAUGUUUUGUCUCCAUGACAGCUAUGUCACUCAGCCCUCUCUGCAGUGACCCCUGCACAGCAAAGGAUGCUGGGAAAUAACGAGCACUUUUAUCCCGGUCAGGAUGACAAAGAUGGGGAGGAUGAGGAGGAGGAAGAGGAGCAGGGAGGAGAAAACAGAGAAGGGGAAGAUGGACGUGACGCGGAGAAUGGAGGGUUAGAGGGUUUCGAGGAGAAGGAAAUGACGGGAGGACGACAAUCCUGGGAAGGGAAAGGCGGCGAGGUGGUGAAACCAGCAGCCAUUGUGGUCGGGAGACAAAGAACAGACCGACCAAUGAGGCCGGGCAACCUUGGCAACCGGGGUAUCACAUUUAUGUCCAAUCAAGCCCUGCUACAUCACCAACCAGCCAAUAAGCAACAGCAUCAUCUCAUUUCAGCCAAUCAACAGCCUCAUCAUGCAGGCCUGAAUGCACUGCAGAAGAGACGAGCUCUAAUGGAGCGCAGUAUGACCACAGUGGCUCCCAUGGAGGACUCUUUCCUGACCAUGAUGGUGUUCCGCAUUGGAAUUCCAGACAUCAAACAAACAAGGUGUCUCCAGUUUGACCAGGACUGCACAGUGUGGAACGCUAAACAGCAGAUAAUCUGCUCCCUCAGCGAGUCUUUGUGGGACGUCUACAACUACGGCCUCUUCCAGCCAGCUGGAGAUGGACGGGACGCCAAGUUCCUAGAGGAGGAGCGGGCCCUGAGAGACUACGCUCAGACCUUUGAGAAAGGGGUGCCUUACCUGGAGUUUAGGUACAAAACCAGAGUUUAUAAGCAGACGAAUCUGGAUGAAAAGGCUCUCUCUAAACUCAGCACAAAGGCCAGUCUGAAGAAGUUCCUGGAUUACAUUCAGACUGGAGCAAUAGAGAAAAUGGCUAAAGUCCUUGAUAAAGGUCUUGAUCCAAAUUUCCAUGACCCUGACACUGGAGAGACCCCACUCUCUGUGGCCAUGAUGUCGGGCCUGCCGGUGGAGGGCGUCAGGCUGCUGGUUCAGGGCGGCGCUCAUUUGGACUUUAGAAGCAGAGAUGGCUUCACACCGGUGCACAAAGCUGUUAGGGCUCACAAUCACACUGGGUUGAUGGCUCUCUUGUCCCUCGGAGCAUCUCCAAACUACAAAGACCGCUGUGGCCUGACCCCGGUGUACCACACUGUACUGACAGGGGGCGACACCUCCUGCUGCGAAACCUUGCUGUAUUACAGGGCGAGGCUGGGGACGAGGGAUGAAAAUGGCUGGGAUGAGUCCCAUCAGCACAGGGAUGAAGAGGAGUUUGGCAUGGAAGAAAUACAUAAGGCUUGCCAGAACGGCUUUGCCCAGCACUUGGAGCAUCUGCUGUUUUAUGGGGCAGACACCUCUUCUCAAAAUGCCUCAGGGAACACUGCACUUCACAUUUCCGCUCUGUACAACAAGGAAAGCUGUAUUCGCGUUCUUCUGUACAGGGGAGCAAAUAAGGAGGCAAAGAACAAGCAUGGUCAGACCCCUUUUCAGUUAGCCAUAAUGUCUGGUCACUUUGAACUCGGGGAAAUCAUCAAAAACCACAAAGAUUCUGACGUAGUGCCCUUUUUGGAAUCACCAAAGUAUGUUCCCAAGCGAAAAGAGAGCGCCCACACUCUGCCUCUCCCCUCACUUCAUUCCCACCCCCUCCUGCGCGCUAACAGCGAUAACUCCAUGACCCAGUCUGACCCUCUGGCCCUGCCCAACAAGGCUGCCACCAAUCCCAACCCGGGACAGGGCCAGCGCAGGGCUUCUAUCGGCAUGAGAAGCUCCAGCAGCCCCAGAACUCGUACUCGCUCCCCAUCCAGAGGGAGAGGAGGCCAAAGUGACACGGAGGAGAGGCACAGGCAGCCAAGAGGCAGACAGGGUGCAACCUCAGCGGGCAGCGGGGGAGGUCAGAUGAAGCGCAUGUACAGCGCAGUCCCAGGGCGGGUUUAUGUGGCCACUCGUGCCCACUCUGCCAGUGGAGACAGGGAACUCUCACUCAACAAAGGUGACAGGGUUAAAGUGUUAAGUGUAGGAGAGGGAGGAUAUUGGGAGGGAACAGCCAAAGGUCGCACAGGUUGGUUUCCUUCAGAUUGUGUGGAAGAGGUGGCGGCUCCCAGCAAAGACAAUCGGCCAGAGACGCGCAGCGAGAAAGCCAGGAGGAAGCUUUUCCGUAACGUCACUGUCGGAGCCUAUGAUGGCACUGAUGGCCCCAGUGACUACAUCAUUAAGGAGAAGACAGUGCUCCUACAGAAGAAAGACAAUGAGGGCUUUGGCUUUGUGCUUAGGGGAGCCAAAGCUCAGACUCCAAUAGAGGAGUUCACUCCAACGCCAGCGUUCCCCGCGCUGCAGUACCUUGAGUCUGUCGAUGAGGGGGGCGUGGCCUGGAGAGCUGGCCUCAGGAUGGGGGAUUUCCUCAUUGAGGUGAACGGCCAGAAUGUGGUGAAGGUCGGCCACCGGCAGGUGGUCAACAUGAUCCGGCAGGGCGGCAACAGUCUCAUGGUGAAAGUUGUCAUGGUUGCUCGAAACCCUGAACUGGAGGACACUGCUCGGAAGAGAGCCCCGCAGCAGAGUAAAAGACUGACUCCUCCUGCCAUUGCCCUGCGCUCCAAGUCAAUGACAUCAGAGCUGGAAGACAUGGUGGACAAAGCUGCCUCUCCGUGGAAAAAGAAAGCAGAAUACGAGUCCUCUCUGGGUCCUGAUAAGAAGAGGACAGUCUAUCAGAUGGCACUAAAUAAACUGGAUGAAAUCUUGGCUGCUGCCCAACACACUAUUACAUCAGACAACCAGGGCCAGAGGGGUCAUGGAGGCAAGAGGGACCGGAGCAAGAGCAUUGUUCCCAACGUCUCCAAUGAGCAACCCUAUGAGCAGCAAUCAUCAGUGGGUAUGGUGCAGCCCGGACCAGGUUUUGGCUACAACCAAGCUCAUUUUCAACCAGGCCACGCUCAGCAUGCAGUCAUGAUGCGUCAAAAAUCUAUUGGUGUGACAGAGGAGGAAAGGCAGUAUCUUCACCCACCUGCUAUGAAGCUGGCUCGCAGCCUGUCAGUGCCGGGACCAGAGGAAAUCCCCCCACCCCCUAACACAUCCGCCCCAGAACCGCCUUUAUCAGCAGGCCCUCAUCCUGGGAGAGGGCCUGCUAUGCCCAUACCUCCUGUAUCUCAAGCCCACUACCAGAUUCAGUCCCAGCCGGCACAUGCUACCCAAGCAGGCUGGGACAGGGGCGGGCCUGGUGGGAUGAACCAGCAGGUCAUGGUCCCCACCCUCCGCAGACAAUCUGAAGGACUGAAUGUCAGAGAGCCGGAGGCGCCCAGGAGAGGUGGUGGUAAGAUGGGAGGGUUAAGGAGAGGCUACAGUAGUGCUACACCACCCACAAGUGCAAAGCCUAAGGCCCAACAAGCGCCGCAGCAUCACCCGCACACGGCCAACCGGGAGCAGGGUGGAGGGGUUGGCAGGGGGGCGGGCAGAAGGGGUGGUCGAGGAGCUCUGAUGAAGCAGUCGAAAGUGGAAGACGGGCUGAGGCAGCAUCGAGGGAAAGGAGUCGCAGCCAAAGAGAAGAGCUCCAUCCCGAUUCCCACCAUUAUUGUCAAAGCGCCCUCCACCAGCAGCAGCGGCCGCAGCAGCCAGGGCAGCAGCAUGGAAGCUGAGCCCUUGCAGGAUGCAGAAGACCAAACCUCAGCAGAUACAACCUCAGACAGCCCCAACACCAGUCUACCCUCACCACUCACCCCCUUGCCACCUCCGCCCCCUACGUCCACUCCCUUGCCUUCAUCAACUGUUGCCCAAUCUGUGACUUCGCAGCAAAACCUGGAACACUUGGAUUACACUUCGACUUACGGUACAGCCUUCGGGGGAGGAGGUGGAGGAGGAGGAGGUGCGCGCAGGGAAAGGGAACGUUUUCGAGAUAUGAGAAGAAAGAGCGCGUCUUUCUUCCUCUCAUCUGAGGAGGAUAUCCAGGGAGAGGCAGGAGGAGGAGCAGGGGAGGGGGGAGGAGCACUGGCGACAAGAAUUCAGCCUUUACAGGGCUCACAAAUGGAAGUUCCCACCCCUCGUCUACGACCCUCCAAGUCUAUAGAUGAGGGCAUGUUUUCUGGAGACAGCUACGUGCACUAUUCCAGCAGCAUGCCCCCCGCCUUCGGCCUGCCUGAGUAUUCUUCCCCAGUCCUUAGUCAGGAUGGCCAGCCCAAGUCCGCUCCCUCAAUGUACGGCAGCCAGGGCACUACCUUUAUCCACCCACUUACAGGGAAAGUACUGGACCCUUCGUCCCCACUUGGCCUGGCCCUAGCUGCAAGAGAGAGGGCGCUAAAGGACGACCGCAGGACACGUAGAGAGGAGAGACACUUUGGUCGCCAGUUGUCCACAGUAGGAUCGUUCCCUACCCCUGUUCAGACACCGACUCCUUCCCUUUUCGCAACCCCUACACAAUCAACCUACACUUCCCCAGUGUCCGUCCACUUAAGCUCCCCCACCGCCACCACCUCGCCUGCACCUAUGAGCCGGCCGCAGUCACCACGGAUAUUACGUUUGGGAGGAGGAGGUGGGGAGAGGAUGGAGAGAGAAAAGGAGGGAGGUCCCAGGGAGGGUCUUAGAGUUCGCUUCUCAGAGGACAGAACCAAUCAGUAUUCGACCCAGUAUUACCCACAGAGUCCCAGGGAGAGGGAACGAGAAAAGGAGGUGUAUGACAGCAGACCUGCUCCACCCGUGCAGCCUCCUCCACCGCCGGUUCAGCCUGCACCCCGCAGACCUUCCUUUCUGCAGAUGGAUAGUGCUCCAAACACCAGCUACAUCCCUCAGUAUACUGUCCCCACAGCCCCCGCACAGACACAUGAAACUAUGGGAGACGCAAGAGCAGGGACGGGUGGAGGUUUAGGACUGAUGGUUCUCCCUCCACCAGCUCCCUCAAUAGAUGCAGAUGACGAGUUUGUCUUUGCAGAUCCCUUGCCCCCUCCCUUGCAGUUUGCUAAUGGUAAGAAGGAGAGAGUCCAUGAGUAUCCUCAGCAGCACCGGGGUCAACACUCUGCUAAUGUUGCUCCACCUCCUCCACCUCCUCUUCCAUCUAUCAAGUCCUCUAACGCUACCCAACCCUCUCCACAGGGCGGUGACUCUGCUGCCUCCAGCCUCACCUCCUACGACAGCGAGGUGGCCAACCUCACACAGUCAGCUCUUUCUCCGUCUUAUCCGUCCCCGCAGAUAUUUCCCCCUCCCUCCUCCACCACCACCACCUCGGCUGCAGCUUUGCCUGCCUCAUCACUACACAGACCCCAGCCCAUGUCUCACUCUCACCCCUAUUACAGCUCUAACGACCCCUCACUAGUUGGUCACACCGGGACGCAGGACAGAGGCUCUGCCGUCCUCACCGCCACCAUGACUUAUGCUACCACUACCAUGACGGCCACCAACGCACCCACCACCACAACCUCACCAGCAUCCUCUGACUACAGCGUGACCAUGGCCGGGCCCAAGGGGGGCCUCAGUACAGGGGGCAAAGCUGCUGACCACACACAUCACACCACUAUUAUACCCAAGAGCGGAGACUGGCAAGAUGCAGUGGUGGAUUCUGGGAUUGAGGAGCUGGACAGUCACAGCAGUAGCGACCACCAUUUAGAAAUGCUGGGAUUGAGUGGGCUGAGAGGAGAGAGGGGAGGGAUCGGAGGAGAUGGGAGAGGAGGAGAGGGAGAGAGAGGAGGUGAGCAUCAGGAUCCUUGCACAGCCUACUCAGGUGGGCAAACAUUUGAGGUGCACAGCGCCAAACUGGCAAACCCUGUGUUUCCAAAGAUGACUCACUACAAGGAAGGAGGAGGGAGGGUUCCGCCUGUAGCACUACGUAGGCAGAACAGCACCAACCCUGCUCCUUUGCAGCUGCAGAGGCAAAACAUCCCAGAAGAUCUUAGGUUAGAUGGAUCUCUUGCAAAUGAAAGAAAGUCCAAGCAGAGUCGAUCCAAAAUGGAGGAUGGCUUCAACAGCGCUCUGGCCGCCUGCUUAGAGAGGCCCAUGGACGCUCGGUCAUUGGGCUGGGUUGAGGUCGGGGAGCACGAGCACGGUGGAGAAGGAGUGCAGAGAGGUGCUAUUCUAUUGGAGGGCCGCAGACUUCACUCACCUCUUUCGGGUGUGAAGGCGAGCAUCAUCAAUGAGCUCAGUUCCAAGCUGCAACACAUGAGUAGCAUGAAGAGCAUGGAUGACUGGCACACUGGCCACACUCCAAAGUCACCCACAAUGCAUAGGUAUUCAGCAGAUUUCACUGAUGCAUUUCACAGCCCCCCUUCUGGCCGCUCCACCUCGCCAUUACCCACCUCUUCUCCACAGCAUCGUCAGAUCCUGACGCCAAAUCUGUCUGCCACCCCUUCCGUCUCCCCUUCCCCUCAAGUCCCAGUUCAACACAACUGGACCCGAUCCCCAUCUCCACAGAUACCCACCUCCCCAGUACACUCACACCCUCCCCAUUCCCCGACCUACUGCCCAUACCCAACAUCACCGAAGCAUCGGUCCAAGUUCCGCAGGCAGACUUUUGAUUUUCAGUGCAGUCCCACGAAGGAGAUGCGGUCUUCAGUCUCACGGCGGCGGGCUCCCAGCCCUCUUAUUUAUAACACUGAACAGCCAAACCCGGCCCCUCCUAGGCCUUCCUCGCUCCCCAUCCUCCCCAGUACGCCGGUCUACAACAACCCCUUCGAAUUCCCCGGGCCCCUCACUCCUCCCUCGCCUGGCCUCCCUCGAGGAGAUACCUACAGGUCUUCAACUCCUCCACUCUUCUCCCCAUCUGGUGUGCACGGCACAAACCCCCUACUCGUUUCCCGCUCCCUUUCCCCCACCCAUUUUCUCUCUGGAGCCUCCUCCCCCCUGCACUUGCCCCCCAGCCCGUCCUGCCUCAACUAUCCCCAUCUCACCCCUCCGCCGCCAGCCAAACCCUUUGCCGUCAAGCCCCUGCCCUUCUGGACCAAGUACGACGUGGCCGACUGGCUGGCUUACUUAAACCUGGGUGAACACAGAGAGCGUUUUAUAGACAAUGAGAUCGAUGGAUCACAUCUGCCUUCGCUCACAAAGGAUGACUUCUUGGACCUGGGAGUGACACGUGUGGGACACCGAAUGAACAUCGAGAGGGCGCUGAAGAAACUCACUGACAGGCUGCUCUCCUCUCCUUUGCAUGUCACUUCUUCUCCCCGAGACACAGACUGAGAGAGUGAAGGGGUGAUUCAAAGAUGAAACAAAGGCAGAGAAACAAUAUGACAAAGAUGGACAAUAACAGAGGAUGUGCAAGAGAAGAACAGUGGACAUCAACAGGUUGUGUUAAAAUAGGAGUAAGGGCUGGUUGUGUGUGUGGGGAAAAGUGUUUUCUUGCAAAUUUGCUACACAUUUAGAAAAUACUGUUGAAAUCUGUGGACAUUGGUCAAGAAAGGGUCUGAGGAGGGUGAGAAUAUCAUGAAAAUCAUGCUCUUAAACUGAAAAUAUACUUUAAAACUUUUGAUGGACAGGCAUUUAAUUAACACACCGUUUUGUGCUGUAAAAGACAAACACAUACACUCAUAUUCUCACACACACUGACAGAUGGAUUCUCACACCAUCUGCUGUUUAGCAGCACUGAGAGAAAAACUUCAGUGUGAGUUCAAAGAAAAGUUGAAAAGUUGCUGCUUAAAGGGUAAACCCCAAUAAAAAUGUUACUGAUUUGUGGCUGAGCCAGAAACUCUGGUGGAAAACAGCCACAUCCUAACAUCAGUUCUGUAGCUUUAAGCAGAUCAGAGUAUCAAAUGGCUGUGAGUUCAGGAGCCAAAGUCAGAAUAUGAGAGAUUUGUUUGUAAAUGACGAUAGAAGAAAAUGGUAGAAAACAAUAGUAUUCUUUUUAUAUAUUUGCCAUAUUCCCCCAAAGGGUUCCCCAAUAAGCUUUGUAUGUAUGUACUUUGCGAGCACUAAAUAUAUCUUACAUGUUAAACGGGAUUAGUAGAACCAUAUGUUUUGUAUGAAGUGCUGAUCGCAAUCAUUCAUUUCAAACUGGUCAGGGUAUUUAUAACUGUUGAAUUGAAGUUGUGCAUAUCGAGGACGUACAAGUAUUGAGAAGAUAUUGUUGUGAAAUUACCUUUUGUUAUUUUCCUGAUUAUUCCAUAGAAAAAGAGAGGAAAUAUAUGAGAAGUGAAAAUGGUUUGCAUGACAUUUUAAACUGCAAAUCAUGUUUUCGUAGACGUUACUGGUGUUUAUGGCCAUAGCACAGGUCAAGGGAUGGAUCCAUCCUCUUUGAUGCCAUAAUGUUGACCGCUCUCUCUCACACAGCAGGUACAGUGAUCAAAAAAGGGCUUUUUACCGCUUCUCUGUCUGCCUGACUUCCUCAACCUGCAGCCUCUGUGAGUCUGUGUGUCUGAUUUUGUGCGCGAGUGUUCGUCAGCCUGCGUUGGUGGCCAAAUGCUUUCCCUGACCUACACCUCUCUCUUUCUAAUGCCUUUUCCAAAACAUAUUUAUAAUGGUCAGAAAACAUUAUUUUUUUCUCACUAGUUGACAAUCCCAGUAUUCCCCCAUUCCACACAUCAAAAGGAAACACUCUGACCCACUUUUCAAAAGUUUUUUGUUUUUUUUCAGAGUGAUAAAGUAAAUACUGUAUAUGUUGCAUAGAGGUGAACAUGAAGCCCUGGAUAUUUUUAAAAAUGCCAGUUUAGCCAUUCCCCUGCAGUGAAUCCAACUGUCAGGCAAAAACACAUCAUUUAUAGAUCUAUAUGUAAUGAUGAUGAUGACAAUGAUAACAUAAAAAUAUAGCAUAAUAAAGAUAAUAAUAUUAAGUAUGUAAACAUUUUUAAGAAUCUCCGUCUUCCAAAUAGUGUGGACAAAUUCUUUGAAGCUUUUGUUUCAUUUUGGGAUUUUUCUGUAAAUGCUUUCUAUACUGCUCGCCCUGUAGUGACCCCAGUGACGCUGACACACGUUAGUUAAUACGUAUUCUCUCUGUGUGAGUUUAAAAUUAUGACUCUGUAUUCUCAUGCUGAGUUGCCUCAAUGUUAUCUCAUGAUGGACUAUUCUGAGAAGUGAAAGGACUGAGCAG